AUAUAGUUUCUGCAAUUUAUUUUUGUAGUUUCGCCGAGUGGAAUUUAUUUAAAAGAAAAAAGAAACAAGUGUUGAACCUUUUUUUUCUUCUUCUUCUUCUUCUCUAGUGCUUAAAAUAGCUUUGUCUUUUGCUUCAUUUCCUUAUCCUCAAAGAUCAAAACCUCAAACGUUACACCGACUCGAGCUAUAUAUGCCUCUCUUUAGUUAUAUUUUUAUAUGAAUCAAUUAUGGUGAUUGUUGAAGUCCAAGAAUAGCUCUAUAAAUGGGAUUUCAAGGAUCUUAUUCAACAGAAGAAGAAAAUAAGCUUUUUAUUGGAGUUCAUUUCAUGGCUUCCUCUAACAAAAACAAUGACGACCUUUUACUAAAUAAUAAUAAUAGUCAAAUUUCUUUUGGUAGCCAACAACAGUUUUUUCAUAGUCCUCAGCAGCAACAUGAUCAGCACCAACUUCAAAAUAAUAGUAAUCAGAUUUCUUUUGGUCUGUUACAGCAGCAGUCAUCUUCUUCAUCAAAUCCUGGAAAUUUCAUAAACAAAGAUAAUAGUGGAGCUUAUGAUUUGGGAGAACUAGAUCAAGCACUUUUUCUUUAUCUUGAUGGACAAGAGCCUUCUUCAAUCCAAGAUCAAAGACAAAAUUCUGGGAUGAGGCCACCAACUCUCAACAUUUUUCCAUCACAACCAAUGCAUAUCGAGCCUUCCUCAACUAAGGCAAAUAAUGGAUUAGUUUCUCAAGCAACAAGUGGUUCCAAGAAAUCAUCUCAGCCGUCCAUGGCUAAAACUGAUGUUGUUCCUUCUGCUUCUGGACCUGAACCACCCAAAACUGCUAAGCGAGAGGGAAUUCGGAAGGGUCCAACUUCAAGUUCAGAGCAAGAUGCACCCAAAACACCAGACCCCAAGACAUUAAGGAGACUUGCUCAGAAUAGAGAGGCAGCUAGGAAAAGCAGACUUAGGAAAAAGGCUUAUGUUCAACAGCUAGAGUCAAGUAGAAUAAGACUCGCACAAUUAGAGCAAGAAAUACAAAGGGCCAGAUCUCAAGGAUUUUAUGUUGGGGGAAAUGCUCCUCAAGCAGGAGAACAAGGCCUUGCAGUUAAUAUGGCCAAUAUCAGCUCAGAUGCUGCAAUUUUCGAGUUGGAGUACGCAAGAUGGCUGGAGGAACACCAUCGUCUAUUGUGCGAGCUUAGGAAUGCAAUACAGGAGCAUUUGCAGGAGAACGAACUUCGUAUCUACGUCGAAAAUUGUGUAACACAUUAUGACGAGAUUAUGAACCUCAAAUGCAUGCUUUCAAAAUCUGAUGUCUUUCAUCUCGUUUCUGGCUUAUGGAAGACUCCAGCUGAACGUUGUUUCUUGUGGAUGGGAGAUUUCCGGCCAUCCGAGCUUCUCAAAAUUAUACUUAGUCAGAUUGAGCCAUUAACAGAAAACCAACUAAUGGGAAUAUGUGGAUUACAACAAUCAACACAAGAAGCUGAGGAUGCUCUCUCACAAGGAUUGGAAUCUCUAAAUCAGUCUCUAUCAGACACAAUUGCCUCUGAUGCAUUGGCUUGCCCACAGAAUAUGGCCAAUUAUAUGGGCCAAAUGGCUCUUGCCAUGAACAAACUCUCUACUGUUGAAGGCUUCCUUAGACAGGCCGACAAUCUGAGGCACCAAAUGAUUCAUCGGCUGCAUCAACUCUUGACUACUCGUCAAGCCGCGAGGUGUUUUCUGGCAAUCGGCGAGUAUUUUCAUCGGCUUCGAGCUCUCAGCUCUCUCUGGCUGGCUCGCCCUCGACAAGAAUAGGAGAAACUCUUAAUUAGCGACUUAACCUUCUAUAAUCUUUCUUGACUUAAAUUUUCCCAAAUAUUUCUGUUUUUUUUUUUUUUUAAACUUUUUUCUGUUCCACUUCCAGGACCAAUCCUUUUGAUAGUGUUGUGUAUAUAGAUAAAAAGGAGUUACAGUAAAAUGAUAAAAAGUACUGCUAUUAGUUAGUCUC